UGGGGAAAGAGAGUGAGGGGCAGAGGUGAUGGAGGAGCAUUAAGUGAAAGAGAGAGGGAGUAAAAGAGUGCGCGUGCUGAAGUGUGCGUACAAGUUAGAAACAGUACCGUCACACAUGUCUGUAGGAUAACUUUUAGUUGAGCCGAGAUAUAGCAGAAUGGCGUGUUGUGGAUGUGAAGACGAUAAGAAGAAGGAAGAGUAUGUUAGCGAUCUGAGUAGUCCCGUACAUAACAGAGGAUGUACAGAUAUCUUCUGUUUAGUGGUAUUCCUCCUCUUCUGGAUUGGCAUGAUUUUCAUAGCAGCAUUCUCUUUCACCAAUGGUGAUGGAGACCGACUGUUGUAUGGGUAUGAUAGUUUUGGUAAUACAUGUGGUAAGAAAAAUAUGCCAAUUGUGAAUGUUUCCAAUUCUGGUCGUGACAUGACUACCAAGACACAUGUUUUCUUCAUGAAUGUUGCAAAUCCUGCUAAAUCCCUUUCAAUCUGUGUGGAGAAAUGUCCAGAUGUUUCCAUGGAUAAUGUGGCAGAAUAUAAAAAGUUUGCUGAAAAAACUGAUGUCCACCUUUGCAGUUAUGAUGUUGCUGUAGCUGAUUACACCUCAAGCAUGACUGGAAAUAAGGGUCCAUGCCCUGUUGUUGUAUACAAAAGUAUUUCUCUGUUAAACCGGUGUCUGCCAUCUGGUCUGAAAGAUAUGCCCAAGAAUGUUGUCAGCAAAAUCAUUGACUUUAUGAAUGAGUCGGACGUUUUUGAGAAAAUUCUUGGAGACCUUUAUCGCAGCUGGAAACAAAUGUUGUUGUUGGGUUUAAUUGCAGUCUGUUUAUCUUUUCUGAUGGUUAUUUUGGUUAGAUAUAUAGCCAGAGUGGUCAUCUAUUUAAUUCUUAUUGUUGCGGCUCUUGGCAGUAUAAUUGGUACAGCAUUUCUGUGGUGGACAUAUGCUGGCUUUAAAAAUAAGUUAGAUGAUGAUGAAGCUUUCCAAAUUCCUUUCUUGGAAAUUGAAAUCAAUGGAGAAAAGGCAUUCCUGAUUUAUUCUAUAAUUGCGACUAUUUUGACGGUGAUUCUGUUACUUGUACUGUUUAUAAUGCGGAAACGUAUCUCAUUGGCCAUUGGGCUGUUCACUGAAGCUGGGAAAUGUCUCACAGAUAUGCCCAUGUUGAUUAUUCAACCAUUGUGGUCAGUUUUUAUCCUCGUUAUCUUCAUUGUCUACUGGAUUAUCACCCUUGCCUACCUCUCCACUGCUGAAAUUCCUGAAUCAAAUGAUGCAGGGUUUGUCACUUACAAGGAACAUGCAUAUGUGUCCUAUCUUUGGUGGUACCAUGUGAUUGGGUUGAUCUGGACAGGAGAAUUCAUUCUGGCAUGUGAACAGUUGGUGAUAUCUGAAAUAAUAGCCACAUGGUACUUUACAAGGUCAGUUCUCUUCAAUAAUUGCAUGUGUGUGUGUUUGUGUGUGUGUUUGUCUCAACAAAUCCAAGUCUUAAUAUCUUUCUCACUUAAGACAGGUAAGCAAACAGGACAGUUGCUACCCAAUGACAAAAAUCAUGUUACACAGUAUUCUAUAACUCAUGACAUGGUGUCUCCUGAGCAUUUUGGGCAUCAUGUGUUUUGGAGUCCUGUAACUUCACUAGGAGUUUACGGCUUAUUACUGGCAUAUCAUUAUGGUUUGUUUUUAUUUAUUUAUUUAUUUUGUGUCAGGUUCAAGAAAUCAGAAAGUGAAGUUGCCAAGUUUUGUUUAAAAUGUUGUAUUUGCUGCCUGUGGUGUCUUGAAAAAUGUUUGAAGUUCCUCAAUGCUAAUGCCUACACUGUUGUUGCUAUCAAAGGAACCAGUUUCUGCACCUCAGCCAGGAGGGCAUUUAAUCUUUUGGUUAAUAAUGUCCUACGUGUGGCUGCAAUCAACAGUGUUGGUGAUUUUCUGCUCUUCUUGACGAAAAUCUGUAUUAUGGUCCUCACUGGUGCUAUAGGAAUUGCAUGGUUUAAGACAGAUGAAGAUCUCCAUUAUUAUGCCAUCCCUGUUCUCUUAGUGUGUGUCUUUGCCUAUAUAUUGGCCAGCUGUUUUAUGUCUCAGUAUGAGAUGGUGAUUGAUACCCUGCUGCUGUGUUUCUGUGAGGAUGUGGAGAUUAAUGAUGGCUCUGCAGAGAAACCAUACUACAUGGACACUUCAUUAAUGAAAUUUGUGAAUGGUGCCAGCAAGAAACUAAAUGAAUCUCGUCAAACUGGGGAGAAAGAAGAGGCUGCAGAAAAAAUGCAAGCUCAAGGUUCUGAAGAAAAUUAAUGACUGCACUGCCAUGCAAUGAGCUGGUCUGCACACACACAAAA